CACUGCGUGUGAAACAGCUGAGAGCAAGUGGGGAGCUGCUGUCUUUAGUACCAGUGUCUCCCCUCUCAGUGUUAUUGCGUGCAUCGGAGCUGAAUGCUUCGCAAAGCGUACGCCAAUUACAAUCAACUCAUUCGACCCCCUCUCCAUAAUUGUGCCCCUCUCGUACGACGUGUUGUUGACAUCGAGUGACCGAGAGCAACGUACGCGAAAUAAACUUUAACAAAGGCAACCAGCAGCCACUUUAGUCGUUAAGUGACUUUCGCCUGAGACGCAGGAAUCGCGCGCCUUGCAACGCAGCAGACAAAGUUACAGCUCACCCACACAUAACGGUAAACAUAGAUAUGUGGAGACAAUAAAGAAGAAAGAGCCACCUUGUUCAUUGUCUCAAUACACAAUAACUGUUGCCUGCCCAACUGGGAGUAAAAAACACAUACGCACGUAGAGAGCGACCAACACGACACAAUACACGAUGACUGAGAACGUAGAGCUGAUGAACAAAUAUGGUGAACCAUUGCGAUAUGAUCGCAAUUUUCAGGGACCACGACAACGUGAUCGCAGCUGCACCGAUGUUCCAUGUCUAAUUAUCUUUCUGCUUUUCCUGGGCGGCUGGGCAUUCAUCGCCCAGUAUGCGCUAAGGAAUGGAAAUCUCAACACUCUUAUGAUCCCAACGGAUAUGUUCAAUCAGAAGUGUGGCAAAGACUCCAGCGUGCUGAAGAAAAACUAUUUAUUCUUCUUCAAUCUGGACCAAUGCAUCGAUCCGUUGGUACCCAUAACGGGCUGCAAAACACCGCAGGUUUGUGUUGAGAAGUGUCCCUCGGAGACUUUUGUGUGGGAUAGCAUGAAGGACACAAAGAGUUUCGAAGACUUGAAGCAGCGUCUUAUCUGCAAAACAGAUGCCGAUAAGGCGGCCAUUUACUCCAAGGCAGACAUACAACGCGCCAUUGACGAGAAUCGUUGUGCUCGCUAUUACAUCAAAAGUGAACCGUUUCUCAAUCGUUGCAUGUUCGAGUUCUCGGAUCAACUGUGUGAACUGCUGCCUAGGGUAUUGUUUCGCAAUCGUCGCGACUUGCCAUUGCUGCUGCCGGGAAAUGCGAGCCAAAGCCAAGAGCUGGAAAUGCAGGCAAUGGCAUUGACUCUGCAAAGCGAUGCACAAGCUCUUGUGGCGCCACAAACAAACCCACGACAGGUGCCAGUCGAUGAGCAGGUGGGACAAUGUCGUCGCCAGCAAUUGAAUGGUGCUGUCAUCAAGGAGAAGAUGAUGCAAACGGACACACGACUGGCCAAAAUGGUAGGCAACCUGGUGGCUCAUUUCUACAAUGGCACACAUGAUGCCCAACGACUGGGUGAGGAGAUUGUUGAGGAUCUGGUCAACUCGGCAACGAUUGUGCUCACCACUUUGCUGCUGACAAUGAUUGCUUCGCUGAUUUUCAUCUCACUGAUGCGUUGGUUGGCUGCGCCCAUACUUUGGUUCUCCAUCUUUGGCGUGCUCAUCGGACUGAUGGCGGGCAUCUAUUACAGCAUUAAGCAGUACACAUUCUGGAAGAAUACGCCGACGGUGCCGCACCACGCCUUGAAUCUGCAGAGUCAGCUGCAGAAUCUGCUGCAGAAUGCCAACAAUUGGUUGUAUCUGUCCAUAUUUCUGUGCGUUUGCUUUGUGAUCAUUCUGUUGCUUGUGAUUGUGCUGCGCAAGCGCAUUCGCAUUGCCAUCGCAUUGACCAAGGAGGGCAGCAAAGCGGUGAGCACCGUCAUCAGCACCGUCUUCUUUCCCAUCUUCUCAUGGGCACUCUACAUCGUGGCCAUUGCGUUUGCCAUUGGUGUUGGCCUCUAUCUCGGAUCCAUUGGCGAUCUAUCGUUUCGGAUGGUGCGACGUAUUGGCGAAAAUGGCGAAGUGACCAAGGAGCAAUGUGUCUGCAAUGGUCCAGCCAUUAACUACACUGUGGGUGCAGCCUGUAAUCCAGAGAUAUUCCAGCAGUACUGUUACAUCAAUCAACGGGUUGAGUCGUGCAUUGAGACUACAUGCAGUUUCAACGAGAUAUCCAAUCCACCGAAGGUGGUCUGGUCUAUGGCAUACAAUAUCUUUGGCUUCCUUUGGCUGAGCUUCUUCAUUUCGGGCUUUAGUGACAUGGUCUUGGCUGCCACAUUUGCCCGUUGGUAUUGGACAUUCAAGAAGCGAGAUGUUCCAUACUUUACGCUGACGCAUGCCUUCUGCCAGACAGCGAUCUAUCAUCUGGGCACUUUGGCAUUUGGCUCGCUCAUUCUGGCCAUUUGCCGAGCAAUUCGUCUGAUAUUGGAGUACAUCGAUCAUAAGUUGAAGAAGUAUGAUAAUGCCGUCACUCGAGCCAUUUUGUGCUGCAUGCGUUGCUUCUUUUGGCUGCUGGAGAACUUUUUGCGAUUCCUCAAUCGCAAUGCGUACAUUAUGUGCGCUAUUCAUGGAAAGAAUUUCUGCUCCAGUGCCAAGGAUGCAUUCAAUCUACUUAUGCGAAACUUUUUGCGAGUCGUCACCUUGGAUCAGGUCACCGACUUUCUAUUCUUUCUGUCCAAAGUACUGCUCACGGGAGGCGCAGGUGUUGCUACUUACUAUUUCCUGGACAACAAUCCGUCUGUAAUCCAAUUAAAUCACAAGGCCGUGCCAACGACAGUGGUGGUAAUUGCUGCUUUUCUCAUAACCAGCGUCUUUUUUGGCGUCUACUCGAUGGCCGUGGACACGCUCUUCCUCUGCUUCCUGGAGGAUUGUGAACGCAACGACGGGACACCCGAGAAACCAUAUUUCAUGUCCAAGCAGUUAAUGAAGAUAUUGGGCAAAAAGAAUAAAUUGCCACAACGUCAGCGACUUAGCAAAUAGAGCGGAAAUGAAGAAUGGAGUAAGGAGUUUAGCAAUAUAACGCACCACCAAAGCAAUAUGCAAGGAACCAUUGAAAAUGACAGUGCAAAAUGUAGUUGAAGAAUGAGAAAAAAGAGCUUUGCUUGGUCGACAUACGAGUAUAUAAGACAUAUUUCUAAAAACAUACAUAGAUAUAUAUAUACAUGUAUACAAAUAUUUAUUGUACGAUAUAAUAACCAACGGGUUGUGCGCGAUUAUUGCUCAUGAUAAAUUUUUGAUUAGAUGGUGGCAACAUUUGAUUAGGGUCAGCUGCAAAUCAAUUUUUUUAUAUUACAUGCUACAUGUAAACAAAAUGUAAACCAUCUUAUGUUCCACAUUUGCCAAUAUGUAUUCAAAAAGAACAAUAUCAUUUGCAUCAUCUCGUAAAGUGUAAAUAGAAUAACAAGAAAUUAGUAAUUCAUGCGCAUAUACAUAGUAGAUUAACUCAUAUACAAAUGUUUAUGGCUCAGCGCGAUCAUUGAAAUUGGGUGCUCAACAAAUGAAAAAAUGAUGUGAUAGGCGCAGAAGAGGCAUAAAUCUAAAUAUAUACAACAUACUACAUAUAUAUAUAUACAAAUUCUAAAGACAACCAAAAGCAAUAUUGUGCAAUUUGUUGCGAAGAACUUAACUUAAAUCUCAGAGAUAUCAAUAAUGAAACGACUUGAAAUGAAAUGAAUUAUAAGGCUAAGCAGUGACAAAUUGUUAGCGAGAUAAAUAUGAAGAUUGAAAAAGAGAACAUACCAUAAGGUAUUUAUUUUUGUUUAACUUUUACAACUAUUUAUGCACAUUUUGAAUUUAUUUUUGAGUUUCUCUUAAUUUUUGUGAGCAUAAUACAUACUUGAAUUUAAUAAAAUUGAAUUCAAACUUGAAUCACAUUCAUAAACAUAGUACUAUAUUUUAUCAUUUUGCUAAGCAAAUGUUCUAAUUAUAUAAACUGGUUGAAAAAUUGAUUUAACACAAUGGCAGUAAACAGCGCAAAGUAAAACACAUAUAUUCAUACACAAAUUAAAU